UGUUGUGAUUGUGAUUCUUGCAAUUGAUUGUGUCGAGUUCCACAUGCACAUGUGCAUUGUCCUGUUGGAUAUGAUUUUUGUCUAGAGGAUGAGUCUUUCUACAGCCCAAAUUAAAUUCCCUGUGUAUUGCUGGCAAAUGAUUUUGUUACCCGAUUCUUCUGUCUAAGAGACUCAGAGCAGAGCCAGUCUAAUUGAUACAACCAGCUUUGAUUUAAAAUUAAAAUUCCAUUCAAAAAAUGAAGAGGGAAUCAGAACUAGGAAUUUUAAUCCUCAUUUUACUAUUGGGUUAUGUAGCCACUGAGAAAGUAUUUAUUGGGCCUUGCUUGGUAGUGGAAGAGCCUGAACCCUGCCCAGACCCGGAUAUCCAGGUGUUUUUGUUUACCAGGAGAAAUCCUGAAGUUGGACAACCUAUUGAUUUUUUGGAGGGAUCAGACAAUCUGACACAUUCACACUUUAAUCCGAGACAUUCAAACAAAUUAAUCUUACAUGGUUUUAAUUCGGAUAUGAAUGAAGAGGUUCUACAAAAUAUUAAGAAAGAAUACUUAAAACAUACCAACGUCAAUGUAUUUAUGGCAAACUACCCAAAGCUAGUGGGAGGCGUAGAGUGCUACUUGUCGGCCGUGUCGAACAUAAAACACAUAGGCAAGUGUUUGGCUCCCGUGGUGACAGGGCUGCGACGACACAGAUCCUUCAACAUACACGUUAUCGGCUUCAGUCUUGGAGGACAAGUCUGUAAUCAUGUGGCCAACAAUCUGGGGAAACAUAAGCUACCGAGAAUAACAGGUUUAGAUCCUGCAGGACCAGAUUUCACAUUGCGGGAAGAGGAGGAAAGACUAGAUCCCAGCGAUGCUAGGUUUGUGGAUGUGAUCCACACAAAUGGUGGUGGUUUAGGCGACAUCGAGACUUGCGGACACAUAGACUUCUAUGUCAACGGAGGAUCUGCUCAACCUGGAUGUAUACUUGGAAGUGAUGCAGACAUCAUAUCCUGUAAUCACUUCAGAGCGCCAAAAUAUUUCGCUGAGUCAAUCAAUAGCAGAGUUGGUUUCCUGGGUUGGAAGUGCGAAGACUAUCUCGACAUUUCACUGAAUACAUGUGAGCCCAAAAGACCGCUGAUUCCUAUGGGUGAACACUGUCCUAUCGGAAGCUCAGGUGUGUAUCUCGUUGAGACUGCUUUAGAAGAACCUUUUGCUCUUGGAGACUACGCCAGUGAAUAUUAUCAAAACAGAAAACCAAUCAUUUGAGUAACUGAGUAUACAUUAAUGUAGUCCUUGGUGGUUGAGGAGGAGGAGGAGAAGUGUAAAGAUGGACAGUUGCUCCCUCAAUAAUUGGAGGAAAAUAACUAUGACCGUUUAUAAAAAUAGAAUUAGCAUACAAACGAGUUUUUUUUAUAUUUUAUAAACUUGCCUCCCUCAAAGAAAAUUCUUACAUCAUGUUCUGGCCUAGUUGUAUCAAAGUAUUUUUUUUUUUUAGCGACCGCCCCAUUUCUAUAGUUUAAUCUAUUAUUAAUAUUUGUUGUGAUCUGGAGAACAUUUUUAUAGAUAAUGAUGAGCUGUUAUUUUUUGUUUGAAAAGCACUUCUUUACAAAUGUACUCCUUGGUUGAUUUGGUAAGAAGUACCAGGGGACCGAGCUUUGAUCGGAUAAAAUCAUAAGUAUACUCUGUUUGAUAAGAAUAUUUCAUAUUGUAUAGACCUAUACCUGUUAGUAGAAUAUUGAGAUUAAAAUAAUAAGUUAUGGAGGAUAUUGAUCAAAUUAGAA